AUGUCACAAUCUCUUGCAAGACAGCAGCUCCAGCCAGGAGAACGUCUCGACAAACUCCAAGAUGUCCUCCUCUCCAGUGUUCACCAAUCUAUGAGCUGGGAAAAGAUGACUUCAAAAGUCAUUAUUUCUUCUUCCCCAGAGAACGAUGUUAGGACCAUAUCGCUUCUGGAAUGGACAAGACAAGUGUUGUUGGAGGGUGCAACUACCUCAUUCUUUGGACCUUCCUUACUUGAGCUUGAACCCCAACUUUUCCAGAGUUUUUUCUCCUUCGACGAUAAGAGCUGGAAACUUACUUACAAUAUUCCCGCUCCUUGGUCCAAUGAUAUGAGAUCAGCUAAAGCUACAGCCCAGACUGCUCUAACUAAUUACUUCGAAAUGCCAAAAGAUCGGCGCCCGGGAGCAUGUUGGCUAGUUGAAACGCUCGAAAAGGAAAUGAAGGCAGUGGGGAUUCAACCACCUGAUAUAGCGGCUUAUCUCAUGAUGUACUAUUGGGUAAUCAAUGCGAAUAGCUGGAAGGUGUCUUUCUGGAUGCUUGCCUACCUUAUUCACGAUCCAUCCCUCCUCAUGACCAUCAGUGAAGAGAUCUCUCCCAUGACAAACUCAAAUCCGACAAUGUCACCGAACGAGCUAGUGGCUUCUUUCAAUUCAACCGCCACUCCACAGCUGCUCGCUUUAUACCAUGAAGUCAUCCGCAUUGUCACUUCCUCUGUCUCGGUUCGUAAUGUCGCCAAAUCUGUUUUUGUAGGUGGAAAACAGCUACAACCAGGUGGACGUAUUAUUGUUCCUUAUCGCCAACUCCUACUAAAUGACGAUGUUUUCGGAAGAGACGCCUCUGAAUUUAAUCACGAGCGAUUCCUCCAUCGUGAUGGGAUUCUCAGCAAUAAUCCCAGUUACAGGCCAUUUGGCGGCGGAUCGACCUAUUGUCCAGGUAGAUUUUUAGCUAAGGCAGAAAUUUUAACAUGUGUCGCGCUCGCGAUUGGUAGAUUCGAUAUGCAACUUGUCAGUGGGAACUAUGAAUGCAAGAAGGGGGCUGAAGAGAGUAAUUUUCCGCGAUUAGAACUUCAAAAGCCGUGUUUGGGGAUAAUGAACCCUAAAGAGGGUGAUGAUGUUGUGGUCAAUAUUUGUAUAGCGUUGGCAUCAUCCUUGGGGUCUGAUAAAGUUUGGUAUUCUAAUAGCACCAUUUAUGAAGAUUCUGCGAUGACCUACUUUGCCCAACAAGAAGGGGAAUUGUCACCUUAUUGCUAUGUUAAGCCAGAAUGCAGUCAGGAUGUAGCAAAUUCUGUUCAUACAUUAGCUCGGCUGAAUGGCAAAGAAAUAGUACCAGUGUGUCCAUUUGCUGUUCGAAGUGGGGGUCAUCAUACGGUGAUAGGAAUCGCAAAUAUCCACAAUGGGAUAACCAUUGACUUGCGGAACCUGAACAAAACUACUGUCAGUAGAGAUAAGAAAACCGCCUUUGUCGAACCUGGUGCUCGUUCGGGAUCUGUUUACGAAACUUUGGUUCCGUUAGGUUUGGCCUUGCCAGGCGGAAGGAUAGGAGAUAUUGGUGUGGGAGGCUUCACUAGUGGAGGAGGAAUAUCAUACUUCGGUGCAGCUUACGGCUUUAGAUGCGACAUGGUCGAGAACUUCGAAAUCGUCGUUGCUAGUGGCAACAUAAUCAACGCAAAUCUGAAGUCAAAUGCAGAUCUGUUCAAAGCACUCAAAGGCGGGCUUAACAAUUUUGGUAUAAUAACACGCUUGGAUAUGAGAACUUUCAAAUUGGGCCAAUAUUGGGGUGGGCAGAUCUACUAUGUUGGAACCAAAAGUCCGCAGCUCAUCGACGCCUUUGUAGAUUAUACGACAAAUCCAAAUUUCGAUGGCAACUCCGCACUCAUUUUAACCACUAUAUAUACGCCCGAGAAAGGAUAUAUAGCGCUGGGCGACUUUUCUUACACCAAAAGCAUUCAACGUCCUGCGAUUUUUGAUUGUUUCAUAGCCGGCAUUCCAGCGCUCAUUGAAGAUGUCCGUGUUUCGAAUCUCUCCGAUUUUGCCUCAACGUUCGGGGCCAACAUCCCAGAGAACCUCCGUCAGACAUCUAUAACUGCUACGGUGAAACCAUCUUCACUUCUUCUUAGAGACAUUUAUAAUCUAUGGAAUGAGACUGUGCCUGUAGUUGCUUUGGCCACCAACCUUGUGUACUCUCUUACAUUUCAGCCACUACCAGUCUCUAUGCUUGCCAAAAUCUCAUCUACGGGUGGCAACUCUCUUGGUCUGGGUGCCGAUGAUGGACCUCUCGUUGUUCUCACACUUACUACCCAAUAUACUUCAAGCGAAUUCGACGCAGUGAUUACGUCUACAACGCGGGCGAAUGGAUCUAUGGUAACUAUGCAGAUGCAACCCAGCAUGUGA